AUGGUGAUUCGCGUAGGCCUUGUCUUUGGCCGUUUCCCUCCUCCCAUCCCUAAGGUAUGGAUUUGCUCUCAGGUUGAGGAGGAGCCGGACCGUUGUCACGCGUCCAUGCAGCGCAGCCAGCAUCAACGGCGUAACCCCGUUGGGACCCCUGACGUUAAAAUCAACCUUCUUUCCUCGGUUUCGGUGGUUGGAGAUGACUGUUAUGACACCGUCAUGCCCCUUCUCGGCCGCUCGGUGAAGAGGCGUCAUCAUCGCGCGAUCCGCCGCGUCGAGCGGAGCGUCGUACUGGAGGAGAAGGUCGACCACGUCCUCGUGGCCGUGUUGGGCAGCCCAGUGCAGGGGUGUGAUUCCUCUGCUGUCGCUUCCUGCAGCGCUAACUCCUACGUCGCGCAGGAGAAACAAAACCGCUUCGCGGCGUCCGUUCUGAGCGGCCAGAUCGAGGGCCGAAUGGCCCUGCAUAUCUCGACCCAGGGGAUUGACACCACUGGCAAUCAGCUGCUGCAUUUCUGCCACGGAUCCCCUCUGCGCGGCCUUCCAGAGCAACCUCAGACGCUGCGUCUUGUAGAACCGGAAUCGACCCAGCACUGCAUCGUGGCCGUUGUGUCGAGCGAGGUCCUCAGGCGUCUCUCCGUCGACGUUGACCGUAUCAGUUUUGGAGCCCUUCUGGAGGAGCAGGUUGAGAAUGGUGACAUCGCCAUGCUCUGCAGCUUUCGAAACAGCCGUAGUCCCGCAUUGGCAGGCCGCAUCAGGAUUGGCGUUGUUGUCAAGAAGGAUUUUGACAAUUGCGGCCUGUCGCCGGAAAACAGCCAUGGAGAGGGGCGUCCUUCCGUAGCGAUCCUGGCUGUCGACAACGGCAUUCUGGCGGAGCAGAAACCUCAGUGCCUGCUCGUGGCCCUCUUCAGCGACGUAAUGCAAGGGCGUGCAGCGGACGUCAUCCACCAGACUGUUGACGUUGCCAGCCGUCUGGAUGAUUGUCUGCAACUUGUCGACGUUGCCAUCUUUGGCGGCUUGAUGCCAAUCCCUCGCGAUCAAAGCUGGUCAAGAUUGACGGUGGAAGGAGGCGGUGGAAGGCUGAGGAGGAUGAAUUUCGCAUGGAGAGAACAGGCGGGGUUGGAAACGACAUGUUCGCAUGCAGGGCAUCUCCUGAGGGAAUUAGGUAGGCAGUCAGAUCAUCUUCAGUCUGCAAAAGAGCGAGUUGGGAUGCAGCAACUGUCUGCCAUGCGAUUCGCCGUCGAGGGGGCUGUCCAUGUGGCCUCGUGGCAUAGGGCAUCAAUCCGUCUCUCGCUGGAUAAAUCUUCUGCUGCUUGUUCACUGCUGAAGACUGCCUCUCGUGCAGUUGUUGAUGGUCACAUCGCCGCCAUGUCGAUGGAUUCGACGGACGAGCCAUCCAAAUGUGCUCAUGUCUUUUUGGCCAUGGAAGGGAGCGACGACGACGACAUGCUGUAUUAUGGGACGGGGUUCGCCGUGAACAUUCCAGACACGAAGAAGCUGUGUGUCAUGACGGUGGCGCACAACAUCCUCCAUGUCGACGCCGGGCACGUGAGGCGCAUCCAGGUGACCUUCCCCAACGGGCUGGCCUUCGACGUCGUGCCGCACGAGUGCUUCGUGUCGAGCGUCUACGGCUACAACCCGACGAGGAACUCGAAUGACGCGAGUUCGAUCGCUGAUUAUGGCCUCAUCGCCAUUGACCUGGCCAAACACAGAAUCGAGCCUGCCAAACACCCCGGCGGUUGCGCCUUCACAGUCUGGAGGACGGACUACGACCUGCUCCAGAAGCCUGUUACAGUGCAUGGCUACCUGCAAGGGAAACCGGAGCAGGCCAAAGGGAUCUCUUUUCUCGACCAUAUCGACCGUUUCGCCGUAUACUACAGCGUUGACACUGUAGGAGGGGUCAGUGGAGGGCCGGUUUUUAGCGUGGAUGACGAUGGGACCUACGUUGCCGUUGCGAUACACAACUACCAUUCCCGUGGGACGCGACACACCCGUCGAGUCCUGUUCGAGAUGCUUUCCUGGAUUGACGACUACCCGCUUCAGCGGAUCCUCCAAGUCCAACCAACGCCGCUAGAGCCUGUCGUCUAUCUCCAGGCCACGACCGGGUCUCGCCCCAAUAUUGUCGCCCGCCCGUCAGAAGCAUCGCUCAACUUCGUCGUGGUGGACGCGCCAAAGGCAGGUCUUCCUCGAGUGAGGCCGCAUUACGCGAUUUUGCCUAGCAGCGAGCGACCAAUGCAGAAGCGAGAGCUACAUCUGCUAGCGAUUGACGAGGCCAACCAACAGGUGUUCUUCGAGGAGUCGGUGAUGCCUCGCCCAAGGCACGUCAUCGGGAUCCGCGAGAAGAGGAACAAAUCCCGAGCAUUGAUGUUGCCAGGCUCGGAAUACUCCCUCAAGAGGGCUAUAGACACUGGAUCCAGAUUCGCUAAGUGA